UUCUUAAAAAACACGUCGUCAUCAUCAUCAAUCAUAAUUAAUAACUACUUUAUUUCUAGUAAUUUUCUUGACUUGGGUGUUAAAAAGAUGAUUUAGGAGAAUGACAGCGUUGGGUUCGGUCCCAGAGAUGGUUUAUGCCGGUACUUUGAGAAGCCGAAGCCAUUAUCAGAUUUUGUGGCGUUGUCAGGCUUCACUCAGAGAUGCAUCAUCAGCCACCCCAGUUGUCCCCACUCACUCUCCCUUCGUUUAUAGCACCACUCUCCCAACCCCAUUAUCUCAAACCUCAAAUCUCUCUCUCUCUCUCUCUCUCUCUCACACACACACACUCUCUAACUCCAUCAUAUCCAUGGACAACGCCGAGAGAGAAACCCACAACUUCAUGAACGUCCACUCCUUCUCUCAGCUCCCCUUCCUCCGCCCCUCCAAAGAUAAACCCGUUCGACUCUUCGGCCAAGACUUCACCGACUCCCACUCCGCACACGCCAACAACACAGACAACGCCGACACUAGCCGCAGGUUCGAGUGUCAUUACUGUUGCAGAAACUUCCCCACUUCUCAGGCCUUGGGCGGCCACCAAAACGCGCACAAACGAGAGCGCCAACACGCAAAACGACACCUCCACUCACCCAUCCCCAUGAUGCCUCAAACCACCCUCCCCGAUGCCUACGCCUACAUGAACUACACCUUCGCUUCUUCCAAUGCUGGAAGGUUCUACGGAACCUCCUAUUCUCAUCAACUUCAACUUCAGCCCAUCAAUGGAAGCCCAUUGGGCUUGUGGCCAAUCCCCGCCAACACUGUCACUCAUGCCCCGACGAACCCUAUUUUGAACGCCGAACGCGCGUUGCCUUUGUUUUCCGCUGAGAACAACGGGAUGGGACACUCCGGUUCGCAAAACCGCUUUGUUUAUGACACCAAACCCGACCAUGUGAGUUUGGAUCUUCGUCUGUAACAUCAAAUUUACACGCACUCAGUAUUUCAAUAACAUCUCCAGGUCGGAGCGCCUGAGGAUGGUAAUGGUAUAUGUAAAUAUGAUUUUAGAAUUUUCGUCUUGUUAUUGUUCGAUCUUUUUCGUCACCGGAUUCCGUCAUAAAGUUAUGAUCAUUCUCAUAUCAA